ACAAUAUACUUGUGAGCAAUAACAUGUUUUUUUGUGUAUCAUUUCUGGUAUUAGGAUUUAUUUGCAUCUUUUACUUAUUUUCCACAUGGAAUUUCAACUAUUGGAAAAAGAAAAAUGUCGCCGGCCCAAAGCCAUUACCUCUUUUUGGUAAUAUCGUACAAUCAGCAUUCCGACAGAAAUACAUUGGAGAGGAGAUCAAAGAAAUCUACGCACAAUUCCCGAAUGAAAAAAUAGUUGGAUUUUACAGAAUGACGACACCAACCCUGCUUGUUCGAGAUCUUGAUAUUGUAAAGGCAAUAAUGAUUAAGGACUUCGACAUAUUCAUCGAUCGUGGUGUGGAAUUCAAUAAAGACGGACUUGGAGUCAAUAUGUUCCACGCUAGUGGUGAUUCUUGGAAACUCCUUCGAAGCUCAUUCAGUCCUCUCUUCUCUACCGGAAAGAUCAAAAACAUGUCUUACCUAAUAUCUGAACAUGCCGAUAAACAUGUUCAUCGCAUUGAGGAAGAGUACAGUGAAAGACAAGAAAUUAAAAUUUUAGAGUUCACACGCAAUUACACAAUUUCCACGGUUGUAGCUACUGCCUUUGGUAUGGAUAUUGAUAUAAAAGACAACAUUUUUAAAAUGCUCGAUGAAAUAGACAAACUCAUUUUCGAAUCGAGUUUUACAUUUGAACUGGAUAUGGUUUUUCCUGGCAUUCUAAAAAUACUAGGAACCGCAUUGUUCCCUCAAAAAGUAUCUGCAUUUUUCCAUGAUUUAGUAGAGACAGUAGUAAAACAACGAAAUGGGGAGCCCACUGGAAGGAACGAUUUCAUGGAUAUUAUUUUGGCUAUGAGAAAAGAAGGUGAAAUUAGCAAAAUCAAGGGAGACAAUAAGAUAACAAGUUUGACUAUUACCAACAAUUUGAUCGCAGCCCAAGCAUUUUUGUUUUUUAUAGCAGGUUAUGAAACAAGUGGUACUACUGCAGCUUUUUUACUAUACGAAUUAACUGUAAAUCCUGACGUGCAAAAUAAGGUUAUAGCAGAAAUCGAUGAAAUGUUGAAAAAAACGAACGGGAAAGUAACUUACGAUUCUUUGAUGGAAAUGUCAUACUUGGGAAGAGUAUUUGAUGAAACUCUUCGAAUGCAUCCAAUUGCCGAGUUUCAUGCCGUACAAAGGAAUACGUUGAGGGAAUAUGCGAUUCCUGGCACAGAUGUUACUAUACCCAAGGGAAUGAUGAUAGUUGUGUCACCGUCUGGUAUUCAUUACGACGAAAAAUAUUAUCCGAAUGCAAAAGUGUUCGAUCCUGAAAGAUUUACAGCGGAAAACGCAAAGGAUCGCCAUUCCUGCGCUUACAUGGCGUUUGGUGCUGGGCCAAGAAGCUGUAUUGGCACGCGCUUUGCAAAAGUUCAAGUCAUGAUGUUUAUCGUAAAACUGUUGUCUAAGUUUAGACUAGAGCCUUGUAAAGGUACACCAUUGCCCAAAAAUAUGACGUACAAUAAGCACCGAUUAGUGCGAUCUCCACCUGAUGACCUGUAUUUGAGACUUGUUAAAUUUAACUAAGAUUGUGAGAACAUGGUUGUGAAAUAUUAUGGAGAAAUGUGAAAUUAUUCAAGUUUUUAAUUUUUUGCAAAAUGUUUGAAACAAACAUUGUUCAAGCAGGAAGGAUCUAAAACAGCUGGGCAUAUAAAGACUGACUUCAGAUUUAAUAUUCUGUUUAUAUUGAAACAAACGAAGUAUGCAAAUAAUCCGUUAAGAUAACGUUAAUAAUUUAAUGAUGUGUACAAUUUAUCAAUCAAAAUAAAAGUUGCUUCAAAAAUUUGUCAACUUAUUCCGGAACAAUGAAUGACACCACAGAAAUAAAUCUAGACCGACCAGUGAUAUUGCACUUUUUAAAAGGAUCAAGCUUGUCAUUGUUUGACAAACAUCCGCCCACUACGUGACCUUGAAAGUGCAUAAAUAGUGAAGUAACAUAAAUAUUGAAAUCUAUCGGUAUCGAUAUUUUUAUACAGGUAAUAAGUAAAUUUUUUUUUAUAAUACCAAGUGACGGGGCAAACAACUCGUGCACCUGGUAACGGACACGC